AUGGCCAAAACGCGCAAGGAACGGGCUGGCGCUGCCAACAUGAAGCUUCGCCAGCCAGAUCGCUCCGCGCCAACGGAAAAAACUCUACUCGACCUUGCUGAGGAGCGAAAGAUGUUCCAGCAGGCCCGGCAGCGGGAGAAGGAGAUGGCAAAGGCAAAGAGGACGCAGGGCACGGCCUGUGACGACGACGACGACGACGACGACGAUCCCACCUUGUCUCCCCGUGCAGAGCGCGUCCUCGAAGCCGCUUUGUGGACCGCCACCAUUGCCAUGCUUCACUUCACUUUUGACGUCCUCGUGCAGAAUCAAUAUGGACAGGAGAUUAGCUGGGCAGACGUCUGCACACGAACAGCCCGUGCAUGGCUAGGUACGACCCCGGUGGACGUAUGUAUCGACCGUGGCGCGACCGCGAUUCGCUGA